CUGUGCACCGCUUACUGACCAAUAAGAUUGCAGGAGGCGGGAACAGCGUGUGUUAUUAGUGUGACAUUGAGCGUGUAGCCGUUAUGUGAGUGUUAUAACACGUUAUAGUGAGCAGUGUGUAGCUGAAUUAAUUCUCUCAUGGAGACUUCAAACUCAGAAGAGCCUCGCCUCAGACACGUGGAACGUGACGUCUUGAUCCCAAAACUGAUGAGACAGAAAGCUAAAGAACUCUGUGCUCAACACGUUGAAGCAUUCACACAGUGCUGUAAGGACAGCGGGCUGCUCAUGGUGGUGAAAUGCAGAGAGGAAAACAACGCCCUGAAACAGUGUCUCACCAAACAUUACACAGAUCCAGCGUUCUAUGAGGAGUGUAAGCAGCAGUAUAUCAAAGAGAAACAGGACUAUGAGCGCACCGGCAUCUCGGCCAAGCACAGAGCACAGAGAUUACCUACCAGCAUGUAGAAUGAAUGCACACACACACACACACACACACACUGACUCUCUCUCACUCUCUCUCUCUCUCUCACACACACACACACACACACACACUGUUGCUCUCUCUCUCACACACACACACUGCUGUUUAUAUUCAUGACUAAACCUCAUAUAAAUUCAUAGAGAGUUUUAAUCACAUCAGAUGAAAUUUCCUCCGCUGAGACUCUUUCAGUCUCUUAACACACACACACACACACACACACACACACACACACACACACACACUUUGUUUUGGCUUUUUUUCUAAGAAUGAAUUUAUUUUGUUUUGAUUUGUUUUUUUUUUUCUUCUUGAUCUUUGCAAGAUCAUCAGUUUUGUUUGUAAGUGAACACAAACUUCAGGGCAGGAGGAGUUUGUGUGUGAAAUGUCUGAUAAAGAUGUGAAUAUUUAUGGGAAUAAAAGCCUCAGCAUGACCGAGUGUGAACAGAACGACUCUGUCACGGCUUUGUGACAAAUGUUUCUGUUUAUGAGGCUGAAAACUGAAAAUCCCAAUAAUUAAAAAAAAACACUAUUUAAAGACUAAAUAGAUUAAAACUCAUAUGUAAGAUUGUACAAAGUAAAUAAAUAAUUCAGGUGAUUUUUUUUUUGCUCAAUAUGAUUUUAAUGAUUAGGUUUGGAUUUUCUGUCGAUUCUUCAGUGUAAUAAAGGUGAAAACCCGC